AACGCAUAUAAGCACUUGUCAAAAUUAUAAAAACCAUUUUUCGAUUUCGAUUUUGUAAACAUUUCUAUUUUAGUUUUAUAAAUAAUGAUGAAGACAACCAGCCUGGGAUCCAACAGGCCUCUGUCUGGACAACUGUAUAAAUACACAAAUGUAAUGAAAGGCUGGCAGCAGAGAUGGUUCGCAGUGGAUCCUGAGACUGGUGUUUUGUCAUAUUAUUUGUUUGAUGGACCUGGCGACACGAUCCAGCCCGGACAGCCUGCAAGGGGCCAGGCACACCUAGCAGCUGCAGUGAUAUGUCCAAGUGACGAAGACUCGCGCACAUUCACAAUAAACUGCGCAUCCGGAGACAUGCUGAAGCUAAGAGCGACGGACGCGCGGGCACGGCAGGAGUGGGUCAACGGGUUAAGAGCAAUCGCCGAAAUACACACUAAAGCAAUGGGUGCAAACCCACCAUUACAACCAAGAGAACAGUUGGCAGUACAUGAUGCAAUGGCUUCAGCUAGACAGCAGUUACAAGCCACUGAAUUGAGUGAUGCUGCUCUUGCCAGGAGUAUUGAAGCUUCAGACUCACCAUUUCCACACACAGAUCCUGAUUUAUUGCUUUUAAAGGCCACCUCAGCAGCUAGUAUGCAGUGUCUCCUUCAAUGCCUCGGCAUACUACACCGCCAGCAACAAUACGCCACCGUUAGUGUGUCCAGCAAACAUUCGGACAGCGACCACCACUAGCUUUUACCAUAUGUACUAUAUAUGUAUAUCCACACUUGUGUUUUUCAUUGUGCUGAUUGUGCCGUAAUGCGACAGAAUUUACAUAUUGUAUAUAAUGUUAUUUGUAAAAUAAUAAAGUAGUACUUGUAGAUAAAACCUAUUGAAUUGGGGCUACAAAUUAAUUUUACAUAUAUUUAUGGACAUAAAUAGUUGAUUAUAUUUUGUCAUUGAAAUAGAUGGUGUAAAGUUAGCAUUACAUGUGACUUAUUUGCUUGACUGGCCUUAUUUUACUUAAAAUUUUGAUAACAUUCAAUCGAAAUGAAAGUACACAGGUGUGGACAUAAGUUAUCAAUAGUGUACACUUAAUUUAUAAAUAUUGUACGGCGGCUAAGUAAUGACUGCCCUGAAGCUAGCCACAAGUGGUGAUUCUUCAUUAUAGGGACCAGCGUUGUGUGCGUGACAAGGAAUUGAGAGUAGAUAUCGUGUCUCUGAGCGGCCGUACUGUACUAAUUGCGGAACGAAUUUUUUGGCAUCAGCGUAAUCAUGGUUAUGUG